AGCACAAACAUGAGUUGGGGACGAAUACAACGACAAGAAAGAGCAUAAAAAUUCCAUCAAAGAACUGAUUCCUUUUCCCAUUUUUAUUUACCUUUUUACCCUCUAAUAAAUAUUUGAAAAAAAUUACUCGACAAAGCAUUAACACAAAGCAUGAAGAACAGAAGAAGUUUGGUCGAAAUAAAUUUUCAAUUGAUUUAGAGAAGCUAUUUUGUGCCGCCAUAUUCAAUGCACUUUUCCUCCCAUUUAUUUCUGCUUUGGGAUUUAUAGCAAUUCUUGUACUAAUCAUCUCCAAUGGCUUCUUCCACUUUUCUCUGCAGUCACCAACCCUACGGUUCCUCCAAUUACAAUACCCACUUCAAGAAACCCAGUUUUCAUCCGUUUAACUCAAAUGGGUCGUCUUCUUCUUUGCCCAAUUCUUCGAUGACCCGUCGGAUCAGAGCCACAGCUUCUAAUUCAAGAACUGUAAGAAAACAAGUUGAGGAAGAUGAAGUGGAUAAAGAUGUUGGGAUGUCAAGGCUAACUCUUUUUUCUCCUUGCAAGAUUAAUGUUUUCCUCAGAAUAACAGGAAAAAGAGCAGAUGGUUAUCAUGAUUUAGCUUCUCUCUUUCAUGUAAUUAGUCUCGGAGAUAAGAUAAAGUUCUCUUUGUCUCCAUCGAAAGAAACGGAUCGUCUAUUAGCCAAUGUACCCGGAGUUCCUCUCGAUGACAGAAAUUUGAUAAUUAAGGCUCUUAAUCUUUUCAGGAGAAAGACCGGGAUUAACAACUACUUUUCGAUUCAUCUUGAUAAGAAAGUGCCUACAGGAGCUGGGCUCGGUGGUGGCAGCAGUAAUGCCGCCACCGCUUUAUGGGCGGCAAAUCAGUUUAGUGGCGGCAUAGCCACUGAAAAGGAGCUCCAAGAAUGGUCGAGUGAGAUUGGCUCGGAUAUUCCCUUCUUUUUCUCUCGUGGAGCAGCGUAUUGCACAGGUAGAGGCGAGGUAGUCGAAGAUAUUUCUCCGCCUAUACCUUUAGACCUUCCAAUGGUUCUAAUUAAACCACAAGAGGCAUGCUCCACAGCCGAAGUUUACAAGUGCCUUCGGGUGGAUAAAGCAAGCAAGAUCGAUCCUUUGGCUUUGCUGGAGAAAAUUUCACGCGAUGGAAUAUCUCAGGAUGUUUGCAUCAACGAUCUCGAAGCUCCGGCUUUUGAAGUCCUUCCGUCACUGAAAAGAUUAAAACAACGCAUCGUUUCUGCUGCUGGUCAAGGACAGUAUGAUGCUGUUUUCAUGUCUGGAAGUGGAAGCACCAUUGUGGGGGUGGGUUCUCCAGAACCCCCGAAAUUUAUCUACGAUGAAGAAGACUACAAAAAUAUCUUCUUAUCAGAAGCCAGAUUUAUCACCCGCCCCACGGAUCAGUGGUACACGGAGAACUCAAUGCAGCAGGAUACGAUUGAAUAAGAGAACUAAGAUGCUACAUCGAACAACACACUGUUACGUAAACGCAAAUCUCUUGGCUUAUUCUAUUUGAGUUGCCUGUAUUUUUAACUUCUUUUCUGAAUUUGUUAAAUUAAGAUCUCUGCCAAAGAAACAGUAAAUUAAUUUUUAACAGACUUCAAAGAAAUAAAUAAAAUGGGUUUUUUU